AUGGAUUCAUACAGCCAGGCGAGUCUCUACGGGAAGAGCGACGUAUCCUACUACCUAGCCAUGCGCGAUGGGACACGUCUAGCGAUCAGUGUAUAUUUCCCGGAGCACACCGUCCCAAGAUCACCAGUACCGACGAUCCUGGUAUUGACACGCUAUGGGCGAGCCACGGUGAGCAGAGAGGGCGAUCCACGCUCGAUCGACCCCUGGCUGCGCGCAGGCUAUGCGUGCGUUGCCAUCGACGUGCGCGGCACGACAUCGUCAUUCGGUGCUCGGGUGACCGAGCUGGGUCCGGAUGAGCAGCGGGACGCCGAGGAGAUCAUCGCACAUGUCACGGCGCAGGCCUGGUCGGACGGCAAGGUCGUCGCGACUGGAGUGUCGUACACGGGCAACACGGCGGACAUGGCGACGGCGCGUGAUGCGCCUGGCUUGAUUGCCUCGAUUCCCCGCGCCACGGACUUCGAUUUCUGGGAGGCACUGUGGACGGGUGGAUGUCCGAAUGAUUCCAUGUUUGAGGAUUGGGCCAAGGGGGUCUAUGGUAUCGAUUUUGGUCGGCCACAUAUUGUUGAUGGUGCGAUUAUCUAUCCUUGGCAGCACAAUGGACUCGACGGGUGUAAGAAUGCGAAGGAUUGCUUGAGCUUGUUCCCGACCCUUCAGCCCGUGGAUGAUGAUCUGGAUUGUUUGAUGCUGCAAGAGGCGCUCCGGACGCGUGAGGAGAAUGGUAGGCACUGGACGUUCGAGGAUUAUGAAAAUGCAUUAUUCCGUGAUGACGCGGGCUUGAAUGGGCAUGCGAUAUUUGAUGCCUGCACCGGCGCGCAUGUUACGGACGUGGUGAUGCAGAAGAAGCCUGUUCAAUUUUGGGCGUCUUGGAUGGAUUCCAACACUGCUGAUGAAGCGAUUAAUCGGUUUCGUAGCACGCCCGGCGUCCCAACUGAGAUCUUUCUCACAGCUCAUGAUCACAGAGGUGGUGUUCGUGUUGACCCGCUAAUGGCUGAGAACAACGAUCCGUUACCCUCGGUUGAGGGGCAGCAUGCUGAACAGUUACGUUUUGCUGAGGAAGUCCGGCAGAUCGACAACCCUGAGGACUAUUCUGUGCGCAUCAUACACUACUAUGUUCUGGGCACCGGAACAUAUAAGAGUACGCCCCAGUGGCCGCCGGAGGGAGUCGAAAACACCGCAUUCCUGCUCAGUCAAGGUGGCUCUCUCGUAUAUGCUGCUCCGCAAGCAGGUAUCGAUACUUUGAAAGUGGAUCGACAGGCCAGCGCAGGAAAGAAGAAUCGAUGGUACCAGCUGGCGACAGUCGAGUACGGCGACCGGGCGAUUCGAGACACCAAGCUCCUCACAUAUGACACGGCACCACUGGAAAAGGACAUGGAGCUUGUCGGAUGGCCUGUCAUCACUUUGCACAUGCGAACUCGGACCAACGAUCCAACGAUAUUCGUUUAUCUUGAGGACGUAACUCCAGAUGGCCGGGUGAGUUAUCUGACCGAGGGUGUGCUCAGGGCUCUCCACCGCAAGUUGGCAGCAGCUCCUGAAAAGCUUCCGUACGACCCAGGCCCAUCACCGCAUAGCUUUGCUCGCACAGAUGCCCUGCCAGUCGUGCCAGAACAGGAUUUCACUGUCAAGGUGAAGCUCUUCGCGACUGCGGCCUUGAUCAGGAAGGGCCAUAGAAUUCGGCUGGCCAUCUCUGGUGCGGACGCCGAUACUUUUCGGUCUUUUCAUCGAGGCCUAGACGAGCGCUUUGAUAUCCACUGUGGUGGGACGAAUCCGAGUGUAUUUGAAGUGCCGUUGCGAGUAUGGCAGCUCUAA